AUGACCAAGGAUUGCAAGCAAGGACUUUUAGAGUUUCAAGGUGACACAUGGCAAGAGAAUGUGAUGAUCACAUCAACAUCAUUACUUGAGGAUGUUGAUGAAGAUUUUGAGCAGACAGAGAGCAGAGCAGAAAUAUCCAAACAACAAUUAUGGCAUGAACAUCUAGGGCAUCCAGGCCAAGAUAAGACAAGGGCCAUCAACAAUCUAUUAAAAGGUGACAACAUAGCUAAAUUGAAUCCAGAUAUGGCUCAAAUGUCCUCUACUAUGGAAGAGCCAUGCAUUCCCAAAACUCAAGAUGAUAGUAAUGUAUCUCAAAACCCAGAUGGGAAGGUGUCUGAAAGUGAUAUGAUCUGA